UCAAAAUCACCUCAACACUGCACUGCACACAGUACGCGGCAGCCAUAGCCAUGAGGACCAUCAGCCUCCUCCUCCUCGCCGCGGCGGUCGCCAUCGUCGCCGCCGUCUGCGCCGCUCCCGCCGCGGCGGCGAUCGCCGGAGGCUGGACUCCGAUCAACGACAUCGACGACUGGCAAAUCCAGGGGCUCGGCAGGUGGGCGGUCUCGGAGAACAACCGGCGGUCGCCGAGCGGCGACGCGCUCACGUUCCUUGCGGUCACCGGCGGCGAGCAGCAGGUGGUGGCCGGCGUGAACUACCGCCUCGACAUCGACGCGUCGUCGAGCCGCGACGGCAUCGGCGGCAGCUACAAGGCGGUUUUGUUCGAGGGCUUGGGCGGCAACACGCGCAGGCUCAUUUCGUUCGAGAAGAACCACAGCUGAGCCGCGCCGCAAGAAUUGCUUUUUUUUUAUGUAAUCCAUGAUCCAUCAUCCAUGUCACUCCCAUUUUCACAUCAAUAAGAGGCAUUUUUUUUCUUCCUUUUCGUUACGGUAAAACUUUUUUUGCAAUUACAAAUUUAUCAUCGGUAAGAACGUUAUUGUAAUGUAUAACUAAAAAUUAUAAAA